CACUAUUGUUAAGAGAAGGAAGAUGGCGGUCUGCGUUAUUUUACUUGCGUUGUGGCAGACUUUAUCGUGUUAGUUUUCAUUGACGCUGCUAUUCGUGUAGACGUGCCACCGUGGUAUUUCUAGACUAAUUUUUAGUUAGCUAAAGUGAAUUAUUGUGUACUAGUGUAUUGUGCGUGGUUGUUCUUUUCAUAACCUUUAAUUAACGAAGUCAGUUCGUCUGGUGCCAUUUCUUUUACCGAAAUUAAUGCUAUUUCGGAUGUGGUAAUAAAUAACUUUAGAUCAAUUUCGGCUAAGUGUCAUGCUAAAUGAUACGAGAUAUUCACAUAUCUACUGUCGGAAAUGUCUGUGCAUUAUAAGUUCAAAAGUGCAUUGGAUUAUGAUACAGUUACUUUUGACGGACUUCACAUAUCUGUAGGAGACCUAAAAGCUGCUAUAUCACAACAGAAAAGAAUCGGAAAAACUUCCGAUUUUGACUUGCAGAUUACUAACGCGCAAACGAAAGAAGUUUAUGUGGAUGAUAAUACUUUGAUCCCGAAAAAUACAUCUCUGCUCGUUGCGAGGGUUCCUCUUUCACAACAACCUAAAAAGCAGUGGGAAGGAUCCAACAGUAAUACAUCUACACAACACAAAGAUGCUGCCCUUAACAAGGGAUUGGCUGAUCUGUCUCGCAUGGAAGGUAGCGAACAGGAUAAAAUAAAUGCUAUGAUAACACAAUCUACUUUUGACUAUGAUCCUAGCAACUACCAAAAAAUUAGAGGACAAAAUCAGAGAGGUGUUGUGCCAAAUAACUAUAUUUGUUACAAGUGUCAAAAGCGUGGACAUUGGAUCAAAGACUGUCCUAUUGCUAAUUCAGCUGACCCUGUAGAAGUAAGACGAAGCACAGGAAUACCUCGGAGUUUUAUGGUGCCAGUUGAAGGCCCAAAGGCACCAGGCGCUAUGAUGACCCCAAGUGGAACUUACGCUGUGCCGGCUGUUGAUCGUGAAGCAUACUUGGCUUCAGAAAACGCUGGUGGAGCAGAUACCCCUACUAAUGCUCCCGCAGCACCGGAGCCCAACAUACCCGAUGAGUUGAUCUGCAGUUUGUGCAGAGAUCUCCUAACUGAUGCUGUUAUGAUACCGUGCUGUGGAAACUCUUUUUGUGAUGAAUGUAUAAGGGGCGCAUUGUUGGAGUCGGAAGAUCACGAAUGUCCUGAUUGUCGUGAAAAGGAGAUAGCCCCAACUACACUCAUUCCAAAUAGGUUUCUUAGAAAUUCGGUGUCAUCCUUCCGCAAUCAAACUGGUUAUAGCCGGAGGACUCCUCACCGUCCGUCAGCUCCACCGAUGCAGGCGCAUCCUCCGAUGAUGGAACCACCUGCUGCUCCCAUGCAGCAGCCACCAAACGGAGGUCAGCCUGCUAUGCCAAAUAAUGGACCGCCACAACAUAACGUGAAGCCACCGGGUCUGGAAGCUCCUCCUAUGAUACCUUUGAAUAUGCCGAGAAUAGAUGAACAAAGAGCUAGCACACCGACCAUUGAUGAGAGGAGAGACAUAGGGUCGGCACAGGUUGUCUACAAUCGUGGGCCUCCUCAAUUUAUUCCCGGUGCUCCACCCCAAUCACGGCGUUAUAAUAAUCCGCCGUACGACAGACAUGGCCCACCACGCGGCCCCUCCAUGCCUUUCAACGAUCGCUAUCCGCCGCCCGAACCCUACCAGCCUCCUCCGCCCGGAAUCAAAGAUUCGCCUUCAAACGGGCACGGCGAGGACCCGCUCGAGGCGUUCAACCGGAUGAUUCGCGAGAAGGAGAUGCGAGCGAAGCGGCGCGAGGAGGAGCGGCGCCGGGCGCAGUCGGGCUCGCGCUCGCGUUCGCGCUCGCCGCGCUCCGUGCGCUCGCGUCCGUCCCGCUCGCCGCGCUCGCCGCGCUCGCCGCCGCGCUCGCCGCCGCCGCCGCGCGCCCGCCCGCGCAGCCGCGGUUCCAGUCGACUCCGAUACUCUAGAUCGCGGUCCAUGUCUCGUGGUCGCCUGCGCAGGUCGCCCUGGUCACCACGGCGGCGUCGGACCCGCGAGAGAACUUUGUCAUUGACGCGGUCUCCCUCCCCUCGGCGGCGUCACCGCUCGCCGCUGCGAUACCGCUCGCCGCUGCGCUCGCCCGGGCCGCGCUCGCUGCCGCGCUCGCCGCCGCCGCGCUCGUUGCCGCGCUCGCCUCCGCGCACGCCGCCUCGCUCGCCGCACCGCUCGCCGCUACACCGCUCGCCGAGGCGCUCGGCGCUACGCUCGCCUCCGCCACGACUGUCACCGCAUCGGUACGCUGGAGUAUACGACGAAAUGUUGUCGCCGCCUCCUCGUAGUGUUGAGCCGCCUUACGGAUCCAGAUACGGUUCUAGAGGUAAUGUACCUCCUUCGAUGUAUCCACCAAUGGGUGUGAAACCUUUACUUCCCAUGGAUAAUGGUCCAGGCCUUGAAGGACCUCCUGGGUAUCGUGGACGUUACGAUCCACCACCAUUUGAAGAUAUUCCCCCUGGCGUGGAACCCCCGGUACCUGGAUUUGAACCUUCGCCUUUUGAAAAGCCACCUGGUCUCAUGGAUAGGGAGCGGUUACCACCCCCUAAUUUUAGAGAUAACUAUAGACCUUCACCGUACAUUGAAGGCCCAGGUACUUUUAGAGAAUUGCCCAUACCUAAUGCUCAAAGUGAAAUUCCAGUCCACGUAGGUGAACAACGUUAUCGUGACAAUUUCAGACCAUACCGUGAUCAAGGAAUACCAUUUCGAGACGGACAGCCGUUUAGGGAGCCCGGUGCCCAAGGGCCCCCGUAUCGCGAUGGUAAUUUCAGAGGUGCCGGACCACCUUUUCGUGACAACUACAGAAACCUUCCGUAUAGAGAAGGUGUUUAUCGAGAAAAUCCUCCACAUAACUUUCGUGAAGGAACUGCUCCAUUUAGACCGCCUAGUGCUGAUCCCAGAGAUCAAGUACCACCGAAUUACCAUGACCCUAAUUUCCGCGAUGCAUAUAGAGAUGAAAAUAAUGUUGUUAGAGACAACAAUAUGCGACCAGGUUAUCGGCCUGGUAUUCGUAAUAGAGUUGGAGCUAGGCGUAAUCCUAACGCUGAACAUGAGAGACAUAGGGAAAGAGACGGCCGGGAACGUGAACGUUUCCCUGAAAAUCGAGACCCAGAUAGGCCAAGAGAAUUAGAAAAGAGGUCUGCGUAUGAUAAGUCUCGCGAAGGUCGUGAAGGCCGUGAGCCACGUGACAGCCGUGAACCACGCGAAGGACGUGAGCCUCGUGAAGGACGUGAACCGAGAGAGAGGGAAGGCCGUGAGCCGCGUGAAGGACGUGAACCACGCGAGAGAGAGGGGCGUGAAGACCGUAUACGGGAAUAUGAAAGAAGUCGCGAUUAUGAUAAAGAAAGGGAACGUGAACAUGAAAGGUCAACCCCUGACAAGAAAAGUCGUACAUCUCCAAAACGUAGCAGAGAAGCACGAGAUAAAAAACGCAGUGAGUCGCGAGGAAGGUCACGUGAUAGAGAUAGUCGACGUGAAAAGAGGGAAGACAAAACUCGCGAUAAAUCUGCAGACAGAACAAAAGAACAUAAAGAAAAAGAGAAGAAGAUAAAAGAUAGAAAGAAGAAAAAGAGAGAGAAAGAAAAAGAAGUGGAAAAGAAGAAGAAAAAGGAAAAGAAAGAGAAGAAAGAUAAAGAUGUUAUUAAGAAAGAAAGCGAUGAGACCGCUGAAGAUAAAACAAACUCUGAAUCUAAAAAUCAAGAAGAUGGAAGCAGUGAGAAACAAACAAUGUCUUCUCCAAUAGACAAUUCUCAGAAUGAAGAACAAACAACGGAAGUAAAAUCUCCUGCCAUUACAUCUGACGAUAAACCGGAAAAUGAUCUUUAUGGCGAUGAAGCAGCUGAAGCUGUAGAUAAAGAAAUUAUACAAAAUUAUGUCAAGGUGGAAGAAAAUGUGGAAGUAAGUGACACUAAAGAGAUAAACGACACAAGUGAAAAACAAGAAGAACCUUUUGAUGGGAUAGAACUGCAAGCUAAUACAGAUGAGUUAGACUUGAAAUUAGAGGUUGAAACGAACAAUCCCAGUAAAGAAAUGUUAGCACCCUUACCUGAGCUAUCUAAAUGGGAAGUGGACGAUGACAACGUUGAGAAAUCCAAAGAACCAGGUGAGAUAUCUUCUCCUGAAGUAGACGAUGACGGUAACAAAGUUACAUCAGAUGUAAUCAAAAGAGCAGAAAAUGCUAUAUUUGCUAAAGCUAUUAACUCGUUAAGACCUAUAGAAAUUAAGAAAAUUAGCAGCGAGCGUCUCAAAUUAUAUGGUGACGAACAAUCUAAGGGAACUAUGAAUAACAUUCAAAUUACAGUUCCAGUGACUGAUGCUGAUCAAAGAUCUAUUGAGAUAAAUGAUAAGAAAACGAGAUCGUCUAAAACUCCACCGCCUCGGCUUUCCGUUAAAGACCGUCUUGGCGGAAAAGUUGAAGAUGUAAGAAAACACCGUGAAUCCCGUGUUGUGCACAGCACUGUAGAAAGAGUGAAAUCACGGUCUAAGACCCCCAAAAAGGAGCAAUCGUAUCGUAGGGUGACGGUUGAAAAUGAAAGGGGUCGUAAAAAGGACGCAUUUAGUAGACUUGAUUCGUCUAAACCCGAUCGACGCAAUGUGUCAGAGAGUGGUAAAUCAGUAGUUAAAGGAAGCCGAAGUCCUGUUACAGAAGCCCUUAAAAAAGAUUCUGAUAAAAAUUUGAAAGAAGAAAAAGGACAUCAUUCAGAAUCCCGUGCUCGACAUCACGAUAAGGACAGAUCCGGAGAUGGUAAAAAUCAGAACUCUGAACAUGAACGUAAAAAGUCGACGUUGGACGAAGCCCAUUUUGAACCUGACUAUGACGAGCAUUUAGAGUUUGAUAAUGAAGCUAAAGAUGAUUCCAUCUCGAAAAAAAGAGACCGUUCUGGUUCUCCCAUAGGAGGACCUACAGAAUCAAAAAAAGCAAAGCUAGAGAACGAAACUAUAAAAUUAGACUUGGCUAAUGUCAAAAAGAAACCUGACACUGAUAGUGAGUCUUCUAGUGAGUCGGAAUAUUCCUCAUCAUCAUCUUCUUCAGAUGCCCGCAAAAAGAAGAAGAAAAAGAAAAGAAAUAAAAAGAAAAAGAAACGAGCAGCAAGUGAGAGCAAUAGCGACUCUGAAUCGAGCUCCGAUGACCAUAAGAAAAAGAAAAAGAGGCGUAAGCAUAAGAAAAAGUCUAGCAAGAAGAAGAAGAAAUCUAAACAUAAAUAAGAGGACCAUUACGCUUGCAGGACAACAGUUCUAUAUUUUUUUUUUAGCUUUAGUGGAGGUAUAAAUAUUAAUUUACUUCAAAUAUCUUUUUAUUUCUUGAAUAUUAUAGCUUAUUAGAAAUCUAAGGGCAUUGUAACGUGUUCUUUAUUAUGGAAUAUACUUUUAUGUGUAGUGUAAAACUUAAAUAAACUUGAAACGACAAUCUCAUCUUUUAUUUAAUAGCCUA